CUUUACGUGAUGGCCAAAAUCUAAUUUUUAUGUUUAGUGUACUUGUAACAGUUCGAAGAUGCAGUUAACUUGUAAAUAUUUUUUAUUUAUUGCUUUCUUCACUUCGGUAUCGUCAUUGCCUAUUCAUGAAUCCGAAUCUCAAUCAUCAAGGAUCGUGAAUGGGUAUGCAGUAGAUAUAACCGAAGUUCCUUACCAAGCUGCGUUGAGAGGAAGAGUUACCGGGGGCUGGUCACACAUUUGCGGAGCUGUUAUUAUUGGUACAAGAGCAAUUUUAACUGCUGGCCACUGUACUAUCAAUUACACAACAAAUCCAUCACUGUUAAAUGUUGUAGUUGGCACAUCAAGUCGCCUUUCUGGAGGAAGGUCUUACGAUGUGUCAAAGGUGAUAGUCCAUGAAAAUUACUCUGAAUCAACGUUAGAAAAUGACAUAUCAAUGCUAGUUACUGUUUCGACUAUAUCAUUUAGCGAGUCAGUUAGUGCUAUUCAGUUUGCACCUUCGGGAUUCGUUUUAAUGGAUAAUGCACCAGCUAUUGUAUCUGGCUUUGGUACAACUUCGUAUGAAGGAGCUUCGUCAUCAAUACUACUGGCGGCUCAAGUGAACAUAGUUUCCCAACGAUCCUGCGCGAGAGCCUACCUCCGAAUCGGCACUAUAACUUCUGGCAUGAUUUGCGCAGGCGGCUCUGAUCCUCCCAGAGAUGCCUGCCAAGGAGAUUCAGGAGGUCCCCUUGUGGCAAAUAACCAUUUAGUUGGCAUAGUCUCGUGGGGUGAAGGUUGUGCUGACAAUAUUUAUCCAGGAGUGUACACUAGGGUUUCUGAAUACGCGCCAUGGAUAGAAGAAAAGUUAUAUUCAAUCUGAUAUUUAUGAGAUUAAAUGUUUACUUAUUUAAAACAUGUUUGACCAGGAAUAUGGCAAUAUAUUCAACACAUGUUGAGUUAUAUGUAUCUACCUAAUGAUUAAUAGAUUAUAUUUAUUAUUGCAAGCAUGUAGUAUUACAUAUUUCUGUAGUAUAAGUAUUAUUGUCCUUA